AUACCCCAUUUGGCCAAUCUUCCAUCAAAUUGUCUUUCUUCAAAGUCUUGUUUCCCCAUGUCUGAGUCAACUUAACGUGUCCAAAAGAUAAACAACAUUAAUGCAAUCCCAUUGCCAAAUAAAUCCAAAAAAACAAUAAAACAAACUCUGCAGAAUUCAGUUUUUUUCUUUUAACUAACAUUCUUGCUUAUUCUUGUUGUUUAUUUAAUCCAAAAGGGUUCAUCAUGGAUAUGUUCUCUUGUUUUUUCGUCUUCGUUUUGUUUCACUUUUGGUGCUUUGAUUCAGCUCAAGGACAGAACACAUCCUACCCAAACUGCACUAAAGAAUUCCAGUGUGGGAACUUAAGAAAUUUGAGUUUUCCUUUCUACAAAUCCACUGAACUUGAUUGUGGAUUGUCCAAAGUUGAUUGUGAUGUUAGUCCAAAUCCUAUUAUUGAAUUAGAAGGGGUGAAAUAUCAAGCUCUUUUAAAAGCUGAUGUUUUUAUCAGACUUAAGGACACUAGUCUUGGAGAACUUUUGAAGAAGAACAGUUGUGAGACUUUUGAUAAAAAUUUCUCGAUCGCUAUUUCUCCUUCAAUAACAUAUAGAUUUGAUCCCUUACUCACUUUGUUCAAAUGCAACAGAAACCAAAAGAGUAGAAAUGAAGAAUUUUUCAACUCCAGCAGUUAUCAAAGUUACAAUGUCUGUGAUAGUUUCAUAUUAUACUAUAACAUCUCCAUCCAUUAUUAUCAAGUAUCUGAAAUUCCUAGUAGCUGUUCAUUUAUUCAGUUGCCUUUGACAUCAAAUUCAGAAGCAAAAACAAAUGGAAGUGGCUUAUUUCAUCUGUUAACUGAUGAAGUUAUGCUAGGAUGGACUGUGUCUGAUGAGUGCAAUCAGUGUUAUUAUACCGGAGGAAGGUGUCAAACAGAUAAUGCUACUAAUAGAUUUCUUUGUUCUGAUACCAAUGGUGGUCAUAAAUUUGCGAAAGUGAUUGUUGCAGUUUCAGUAUUUAUCGGUUCUGUUGUUGGACUUUGUGCAAUUGCCUGUGUUCUAUGGUUUUACAUGAGGAGGAGAAAUGGUUCUUCACCAUUUAUUUCAAGAAAUACAUCUGGUAUUUCAAUGAUUCAUCACGAGCUCGAGGAACGUUGUGAGUACCUAGGGAUUCCUGUAUUCUCCUAUGAAGAACUUGAAGAAGCCACCAACAAAUUCAGCUCUUCUAGAGAACUUGGUGAUGGAGGUUAUGGAACUGUGUACUAUGGAAAACUUAAAGAUGGAAAAGAAGUUGCAGUUAAGAGACUUUAUGAGAACAAUCACAGACAAAUGGAGCAGUUUAUCAACGAAAUUGAAAUUCUCACUCGCCUUAGGCAUCCGAAUCUUGUUACCCUUUAUGGAUGUGCAUCAAGACGUAGCCGUGAACUCUUCCUUGUUUAUGAGUACAUUCCUAAUGGAACAAUUGCUGAUCACCUGAAUGGACAUAGAGCGAAGGAUAAGUUACUAACAUGGUCUAUAAGGCUCAAAAUCGCCAUUGAAACUGCUAGCGCGUUGGCUUACCUUCAUGCUUCUGACAUCAUACACCGUGAUGUCAAAACAAAUAACAUUCUCCUGGACAAUAAGUUUUGUGUCAAAGUAGCAGAUUUCGGGCUGUCAAAAUCCUUCCCUAAUGAUGUUACUCAUAUCUCAACCGCACCUCAGGGGACCCCGGGAUAUGUUGAUCCUCAGUAUCAUGAAUGUUACCACCUUACUGAUAAGAGUGAUGUUUAUAGCUUUGGGGUUGUCCUUGUUGAGCUCAUAUCAUCAAAGCAAGCUGUAGAUAUGAACAGACAUAUGCACGAGAUUAAUUUGGCAAACUACGCGAUGAACAGGAUACUAAAAUCCGCAUUUGAUGAGGUGAUUGAUCCAUCUCUUGGAUUCGAGACAGAUGCUGAAGUUAGGAGGAUGACAACAUCAGUGGCAGAACUAGCUUUCCAGUGCUUGCAAGUUGUCAAGGACAUGAGACCUACAAUGGAAGAAGUACACGAAGCGUUGAAGCUUAUCAAAUACAGUGAAUGGAAAAAUUAUCAGAAAAAGGAUAUCAAUAGCUGCAAUACCAAGACAAGAACUGUAAAAGUUCAUCGUCAUCCUUCUGAAACGGAUGAUGCUGUGUUAUUGAAGAAAAACAUUCCAGCUUCACCUGAUACUGUGAUUGAUACAUGGGCUAGUAGUUCCACUACAACUAGUACUGGAGGGUGAUAUUUCAUAAACUCAUUUUUCCCCUUUAUGUUAGAUACAUAUCAUGAUAUCAUUUUUAUAGAGUUUUUUCAGCUUG